AUGAAGCCAAUCAAUAUAUUACUAGAUGAUGAUAUGGUUGCACAUGUUGCUGAUUUUGAAAUUUCAAAACUCUUGGGUGGAGGAGAUUCUACGACCCAAACUAUGACCCUGGCCACAGUUGGGUAUAUGGCUCCAGAGUAUGGGACGGAAGGAAUAGUUUCAACAAGAGGGGAUGUGUACAGUUUUGGAAUUGUAGUGAUGGAAAUAUUCACAAGAAGGAAGCCAACAAAUGAGAUGUUUGAUGAGGAAAUGAAUUUAAAGCAAUGGAUUGCAAACUCACUAUUGUUAACAGAUGCAAUGAUAGAUGAAGUUGUGGAAGCCAAUUUGCUUGGGAUUGGGACAGAGUAA